AUGCUGGGCGGUGAAAACCUUGCCCGCCGCCAAGACUACAACCAGGACUAUACGACUGGUGGCAGCGUCAACUUCUCACCAGCGAGCAAUGGAUACUCAGUCUCCUUCUCUGGUGCCGGAGACUUUGUCGUUGGCAAGGGCUGGUCUGCAGGCACUACCAGGACCAUCACCUUCAAUGGCUCCACCACCUAUAACGCCGGGACCGUCCUAGUCUCGGUCUAUGGCUGGUCCACAAACCCGCUGGUCGAGUACUACGUGCAAGAAUACACCAGCGACGGCAAGGGCUCGGCCCAGGGCACGCAGAUGGGCACCGUCGAGUGUGAUGGGGCCACAUAUGACAUUUGGAAGCACCAGCAGGUGAACCAGCCGUCGAUCCAGGGCACGACGACCUUCGAGCAGUACAUCUCGAACCGCCAGAGCUCGAGUCCCGGCAGCGGCACCGUCACGACGAGCUGUCACUUUGACGCGUGGGCUAAACUGGGAAUGAAUCUGGGCACGCUGAACUAUCAAGUUCUGGCGACUGAGGGCUGGGGCAAUGCUGGUGGUAGCUCUCAGUACACCAUCACCGGUUGA